AUGGUGAGUAUCCGAGCCUUUGCUGACGCGUUUCGCGCUCGUCUCCGUCCUCGUGGUCGUCGCUCAGGGCCAGCGUGAUCGGUCAACGAGCCCUGACCACAACGACUGCCCCCUUUGUACCGGACUAUAGUCUUUCGUCGCCAAGAAAGUAGGACGCAAGAUGUUCGCGGGUCAAGCAGCGGCGUAGGUCUCCCAUAUUUGUCUGCUGUCUGCCUUACACUGCAGCCGGGAUUCAACAAGAGCUGAUCCGCCGAUCGUUCGUCCGUGUGCGACGCCGAAUACGGCACUACAGAAUGGAGCCUACCGACCCUCAUUACGAGGUUAGUGCUCUAGUGUCUAUGAUCAUGUACUGUCCAACUGGCUCGAGCUGACAUGUCGCACAUCUCUUCCUACGAUGCUCAUCUCGUUUCGGGUCGCCCGGCUUCACGUGCCUGGUCGAUGACGUCGAUCCCAUCGGUCGCCGACUCGCCGAUCCCUUCGCGCGUGACACAAUACCCAAUACCUGUUCCCAGACGUACCAAGAUGACCGCGGCAAGACCCAUUCGCGCAAGCGUGCCAUGCCAGAAGGGCUGAGCAAGAAAGACCGACGAAUUCUUGUCAGUAUACACAGUCCGACGUCCUUGACCUCGUCACUGCCAGCUGAUGCGCAAAUGAUCCCCUGAUUGACAGAGAUCGGUCCGACGUCGCGCCCAUUACCUCGACAAGGGUUUUUCGCUCUGUGGUUUUCGCUUCGGUUGGACCGCCAUCUUUGGACUUAUUCCGUCAGUCGCACCCUACGAUGUUUUACAAUCGCAUCUUGAUCCUUACCCGAAGGCGAGCAGGAAGGAAAGAAAAGCUGACCUCCGAAUUUGCUCACGUUGGAUCUCAUCAGCUUCCUCGGCGACAUCAUUGGCUUCUUAAUUUCCUACUCCCUCGUUCUGAAAAAAUGCCGACAAGCGGAGUGAGUGAUUUGCACCACACUCCAUCAGGUCUAGACCUCAUCGAGCUGACUGGUCUUUUCCGUGCACUUCGGCUCAGUCUUCCGGCGAGCGUGCAGAGUCGAAUGGUUUUCAGUGAGUCCUGCGACGAGCCGUGUUCGGUGUAUCACGACAACCGACUCAAGAAUGAGCCGUCUCCUUGCUACCCAGACCAAAUGGUCGGCUCGGGUGUCGGAAUGAUCCCUCUCGUAAGCGACAUCUAGCAGCCAAAUCCUAUGCAUGUUCGACCGCUGACACUGCUUGUCCCCUACCCCUUCCUCGCCUAAUAGGUGGGAGAUAUCAUAUUGGCCGUCUGGAAAGCCAACUCGCGCAACGCGCUCUUACUCGAAGACUAUCUUAUUGCCAAGUCCAAGACAGGGGCCUCCCCCGAGUCCGCUGGGCAGGAGGCCUUGUCCAUUGCUGCCAUGUCGGGCAAGACGGGUGAACGACCGGGUGAAAGACAUGUUUCAGGUGACUUUGCUCCCGAUAGCCCUGAAGCGAGUACGCCGACCUACGGAGCUACGGCGGUGAAGGGAACUUCGAGCAGCGGUGCGGCGGUCUCGGCAUCGACUCGGAGGGCGGACGCGCAGCCGAAGAAGUACGGCUGGGGCUCAUCGGGAACCAAGAAUUUGAACGAGGAUCAACGACCGUUGACACAGGCGAGCGACAAGAACGGGCAAGCCAGUCGGACGGCCUGA